AUGGAUGACGCAAUUUCAGGAAAUGCGUUUAAGCACUACAAUACCGAGGCACCAAAAGCAACUCAUGUUCUGCCUCUAUUCUCGUUGAAAGGCAAGACGGCGAUCAUCACCGGUGCAGGUGCGGGUAUCGGAUUGGCCGUUGCUCGGGGUUACGCAGAGGCUGGAGCCAAUGUCGCGAUAUGGUACCAUGGAAAUAAAAAAGCACUCGAUCGUGCGGCCGAGAUUGAGAAGGAAUUUGGGGUCAAGGCCCGAGCAUAUCAAGUAGAUGUCAGAGACCCGAAAGCAGUUGAUGAAGCCAUUGUAUCUCAAGUGAAGGAAUUCAACAAUCGCUUAGAUAUCUUUGUGGCCAAUGCUGGUAUUCCUUGGACUCAAGGGGCUGCUAUUGGAGGAGAUAUUGAGCACUAUCAAAACGUGGUAAGAACCGAUAUUGAUGGAGUGUUUUACGGUGCAAGGACUGUGGGACGGAUAUGGCGCGAACAGAAGAGGAGCAAACUGGAGAAUUUCAAUUAUGGGAAGUUCAUCGCGACAGCCUCGAUGAGUGGUCAUAUCGCCAAUAUUCCUCAGCUUCAAGCAGCGUACAAUGCUUCAAAGGCCGCAGUCAAGCAUUUGACCCAAUCUUUGGCCAUUGAAUGGAUUCAGUUCGCCCGCGCCAACACAAUUAGUCCUGGAUACAUUGCCACCGAGAUCAGCAACUUUGUCCCACCAGAGACCAAGGACAUAUGGAGGGAUAAGAUUCCCAUGGGUCGUGAAGGUGAGCCAAUUGAAUUGGUCGGGGCUUAUCUUUAUCUUGCGAGUGAUGCCAGUUCAUACACAACUGGCACGGAUAUUGUCAUCGAUGGAGGAUAUAUUGCUCCAUAG